CGCCGGCAGCGGCGUGCGUUUGCCCUCAGUGGGGAUGGCCGAGCGCGGCGCGGAGAGGGCGGGGUGUGCCGGUGGCUGCGGAGUCAUAGGCCACUGCUGUUAUGUCCUGGGUACAAGUUGCAGUCCGCCAAUCCAAUGAGGAUAUAUUUGAUGAAGAUGCAGAUGAGAUGUAUCUACUACAGAAGGAAUGGAACAGCACUAUGAAAAAAAGAUUGAAGGAAGGCUAUAGGGAUGGAAUUGAGGCUGGGAAAGAACUUGCACUCCAGACAGGCUUUAAUCAAGGUUACAGACACGGUGCCAAGCUGAUGAUUACGUGUGGCCAGUUCAAAGGAACCCUGAAUGCUCUCCUAUCCUGGUGUCAUUUUAAUGGACAUGAUUCUGCUUUAAGUACGAUAAAUAAUCUUCUUGAUGUGGUUGGAAAGCACGAAGAUGAUCUGCUUAAGAAUCUGAAUUCUACUGAAGAACAGAGACAGCCACAUCUUGGACACAUUUUAGACUCAGUUCAGGACAUGGACCUUAAUCACACAGCUGUGACAGAGUACAAGGAAGUUAAAGAUGGAAAACAUGAAGACUCUGGCAGCUCCAGUGAAAGUAUUUGUAGGAAUAAUGGUGAGGUUGGUUCCUUGCAAUCUGAGUGCAGCAAGGCAAACCUCUGCACAGAUCCAGAAAAGUCAACCCUUGCUUGGGUUAAAAAGCAGACUGUUUGGCUAGUAGAGCAGCUGGGCUUAUCACUGGACGUACUCCAUCAUGUCCAGCAACUGGAACAUUAGUUUUUCUGUCUCAUGGUACUUUAAACUAUCACAGCUGGUUUUGAUUAUUAGAUUGUGGGCCAUGUACAGGCUGAUGCAUCACUUUUGUUUUAGGAAGAUAUGAUUUUGGUGCUGUACAGUAGAAGUGAUUUUAGUAAAUUUUCAUCAUGAUUUUGGCUCCUGGCAAAACUCUUCACUUUCAGUCUUAAAGGUAAUGUUUAGAGAAAGGGGCAAUGACUUCACAGCUUUACAAAGAGUUACUGAACACGUUUCUGUUUUGUGUCAGGAGCUCCCAUCUCACCCUUAUUUUUUUGUUGGCAGCAGUUUGGAAAUGAAGUGGGUCCAUUAAAUAGCCCUUUUAAUUGGUCCCCUCCAAUAUCAAAAGAAUAAAUGCGUAAUGCUAUGAAAUUGGUCAAUGUUUUUGCAGAAUUAGCUGCUGUUGAUGAUAUGCUGAGUGCAAAAUAGAACAUGAUAUGCUGCUGAUUCCUGGAGUCUGUGACUUUCUAGUCACCUUUUGUCAAAUUCAUUGUGUUAUCUUUUGUACCCAUGAUGCAAUGCACUAUUUUUCCCUCCUUACAUUGUUACAUUUUUUACUUUUGCUGAAAACACACCAUUUUCUUCAAAUGCAGAAUUGGUGACAAUUCCACUGUUUUACUCUUAGACAUCUACUCUUACCACGUUAGACCACACUAAGAAUGCUUCCAGUCCAAUGAACGUCCUUGUGUUAUUUUUGUAUUUAUUUUGUCAGUCCAUCUAGCCUGAACUCUUUACCACAUUCCAGUAAUGUUAUUCUCAAAAUCUUCAAGGAAGCCAAGCUUAUUCACUACCUCUUAGAAACACAUCAGCCACACGUGCCUAUUUUUGAUUAUUUCGUAUUUCGGUAACUUCUAUAUUUGACUUGCUUGCCCAUUGCUUCCCUUAACUGUAGCUGUAAAUUGCUCAAGAAGUUUUUUCUCUGUGAAUGCAUCAAACUGAUUUAUAGUAAGUUACCAGUUUACUUGUUGGAAGUUUCUUGUAACGCCUUCAUAUUGGAGACAAAGAAAGUGUAGACACAGGCAA